CCAGAGUCGCUGGAACAAGGGCUCUCUGUGAACGGCAGUGAUGGGAUGUUCAAAUAUGAGGAGAUCGUCCUGGAGAGGGGGAACUCCGGCCUCGGCUUCAGCAUAGCAGGAGGCAUCGACAACCCCCACAUUCCAGAUGAUCCGGGCAUCUUCAUCACCAAAAUCAUCCCUGGGGGAGCCGCAGCCAUGGAUGGCCGUCUGGGGGUGAACGACUGCGUACUGCGGGUGAACGACGUGGACGUGUCCGAGGUGGUGCACAGCAAAGCAGUGGAGGCCCUGAAGGAAGCGGGCCCUGUGGUGCGGCUCGUGGUGCGCCGCCGGCAGCCCCCACCAGAGACCAUCAUGGAGGUCAACCUGAUGAAGGGCCCCAAAGGCCUGGGGUUCAGCAUUGCUGGGGGCAUCGGGAACCAGCACAUCCCCGGAGACAACAGCAUCUACAUCACCAAGAUAAUCGAGGGAGGUGCUGCCCAGAAGGACGGGCGCCUGCAGAUCGGGGACCGGCUGCUCGCGGUGAACAACACGAACCUGCAGGACGUACGGCACGAGGAGGCGGUGGCCGCCCUGAAGAACACCUCUGACAUGGUGUACCUGAAGGUGGCCAAGCCCUGCAACAUCCACCUCAACGACAUGUACGCGCCCCCCGACUACGCCAGCACCUUCUCAGGACUGGCUGACAACCAUAUAAGCCAUAACUCCAGUAUGGGCUACCUGGGCAGCAUGGAGAGCAAGCCUGCCUACCCUGUCCCCCAGCAGGUGACUCCAUCUCGGUACUCGCCUAUCCCUCGGCACAUGAUUGGAGAUGAUGACUUCACCAGGGAACCCCGGAAAAUCAUCCUACAUAAAGGCUCCACCGGCCUGGGUUUCAACAUCGUCGGAGGGGAAGAUGGUGAGGGCAUCUUCGUGUCCUUCAUCCUGGCCGGAGGGCCGGCCGACCUCAGUGGGGAGCUGCGGAGGGGAGACCGCAUCCUCUCGGUGAACGGCGUCAACCUCCGCAACGCGACCCACGAGCAGGCGGCGGCGGCUCUGAAGCGUGCGGGGCAGACGGUGACGAUCGUCGCUCAGUACCGGCCAGAGGAGUACAGCCGCUUCGAGUCGAAGAUCCACGACCUGAGGGAACAGAUGAUGAACAGCAGCAUGAGCUCCGGCUCCGGCUCUCUCCGGACCAGCGAGAAGAGAUCUCUUUAUGUCCGAGCCCUGUUUGACUAUGACCGGACCCGGGACAGUUGCUUGCCCAGCCAGGGCCUCAGCUUCUCCUAUGGGGACAUCUUGCACGUCAUCAACGCCUCCGAUGAUGAGUGGUGGCAAGCCAGGCUGGUCACUCCACACGGCGAGAGCGAGCAGAUCGGGGUCAUCCCCAGCAAGAAGAGGGUGGAAAAGAAAGAGAGAGCGCGGUUGAAAACGGUGAAGUUCCACGCCAGGACUGGCAUGAUUGAAUCUAACAGGUUGAUCAAAACGAAACGUAAAAAGAGUUUCCGCCUCUCUCGAAAGUUUCCAUUUUACAAGAGCAAAGAGAACCUGGCCCAGGAGAGCAGCAGACAGGAACAGGGUGUGACGUCCAACACCAGUGACAGCGAGAGCAGCUCCAAAGGACAAGAGGACACCAUCCUAUCGUACGAGCCAGUGACACGGCAAGAAAUUCACUACGCGAGGCCGGUGAUCAUCCUGGGGCCCACCAAGGACCGGGUCAAUGACGACCUCAUCUCUGAAUUCCCACACAAGUUCGGCUCCUGCGUGCCCCACACCACCAGGCCCCGCCGUGACAAUGAGGUGGACGGGCAGGAUUACCACUUCGUCGUGUCCCGGGAGCAGAUGGAGAAGGACAUCCAGGACAACAAGUUCAUAGAGGCUGGGCAGUUCAACGACAACCUCUAUGGGACCAGCAUCCAGUCAGUGCGGGCAGUGGCGGAGCGGGGGAAGCACUGCAUCCUGGAUGUGUCUGGCAAUGCUAUCAAGAGGUUGCAACAAGCACAACUUUAUCCAAUUGCCAUUUUCAUCAAACCAAAAUCCAUUGAAGCUCUUAUGGAGAUGAACCGGAGGCAGACGUAUGAACAGGCCAACAAGGUCUUCGACAAAGCCAUGAAGCUCGAGCAGGAGUUUGGCGAGUACUUCACAGCCAUUGUACAAGGAGACUCUCUUGAAGAGAUCUACAGCAAAAUCAAACAGAUCAUUGAGGAUCAAUCCGGGCACUACAUCUGGGUCCCGUCCCCAGAGAAACUCUGAAGAUGUCCCCCUCCUGCUUCCCUGCGGGCAGAAGAUCUCUCAAGUCCCACCUCACCCGAGCCCUCUGCCCCAAGGGGGGGGAUAUGAAAACUAUUCCUGCCCCUUUUUUAGAUCGUCGCAAAAUUGAGUUUUCUAGUCCUGUUUCUUUUGUUGGGAUGAACUCACCUCAUUCAUCACGUGACUGUUCCCGCUGUUCCUGCAUGGACCUUUCCACUGCUCCAUUAGAGACAGAUGAGAACCCAUUCAAGGUCGUUUUUUAUUACUAUUAUUAUUAUUAUUAUUAUUAUUAUUAAAUCAAGAAUCGACACAGGAGGAGGUGGCUGAGGACUAACAUAAGGAAUGUAAGGAACAAGUGAAGCGAUGGACUCUGAGCACAUGAACUAGUAUCAGAGCUCCAGGGGCAUUUUUCCAAGUGUGACUGUUGGGCAGCUCUGAACAGUGUGACAGAAAGGCAGCAGAAAGCAUUUUAUUUAUCUGUAUAUGUAAUUUAUAUAUAAUAUAUAGAGAGAUAUUAUAUAUAUAUUAUAUAUAUAUAUGGAUGUGGACUAGGAAACCGGAGGGACCUCUCGUGAAAGGCUCCGUGUUGUUGCACGGAGCUCUCGGCUCCUGUGCCCCAGCCCUGGGUGAGGGGAGUCCCCGUGGGCAGGAGGAGCUCAGCUGGUCCCAGGUGCCUCAGAGGCGGCUCCGGCCAGGACCAGAUCCAUCCCUCGGCUCUUGGGGCCAGGGGUGCAGAGCAGCACCACGAGGAGCAGCUGCUCCGGAGCCGGCCCUAGCAAGGGAAUGGAUGAUGCUACAUAUUAAAUUGCACAUUGUUUUCCACACCACGUACGUGUUUGCAUGAGAGGUUUCCUUUUGGUUCUAUUUUUUUAAGCUGAUUUUAAACCAAAACCAUGUUGUGUUGCUGUGUUGGCUGCUUUUUGGUUUUUUGGUUUUUUUUUCCCACUGUUCCAUUUUUCUCUUGUUUAUCAUGAACUGAAUGGGUAUAAAAUCAAUUUUUUUAACUUACUUUUUUAAACUGGCUCUCUUGUAAAUAGAAUCCAAAGUGACAAUGGUUAGUUAGGAAUUACUGUACCGACCACGUGGAACAAAUGUACUGGCUGUCCUGUGUUGCUGUGGGAAACCCAGGAUGUUGGGCUGGCCCUGUGCCUGUGGGUGCAGGUGAGGUGACCCCUUCCAGCUUGGGGCAGCGUGCUGGCGUUCCCUCUGCAUCAGCCACAGGCAGGAAGAGCCGCAGCUGUGCCUUGGACAGACACACACACUUCCCACAUCAGAAACAGAAUUGAAGAGCUGCUUCCCUGCUCUGUGCCACAUUCCCAGCUCUGCGGCCUUCCCAGGGGAAGGUCCAUCCUUCCCACACAGCGGGGAUGGCUCCGGCUGCUUCGGGAGCUAAGGCUCAGCGGGUGAACAUGUGGCUGCUCUGCCUCUGCCACCUGUGCAUAAAUCCUCCUCCUGUCACUGGGCUCUGCUCCCACUCUCAGGGUCCCCUUAGGAGACCAAGCUGGGUGCCCUGUGGGGCAGGGGCUGCAGAGCUGCACCCACUGCUGCACUUGGGGGCUUUCAAGGGAGGCGACUUCGCUGGCCUGGAGCUGAUGAAAGUCUGGCUUUGAGGACAGUGGCUUCCACAUCAUGGGAAGAGCCUUGUGUGAAGCUGUGGGGAAGCUGCGCAGCCUUGGAAGAGCAGUGUUGGUGGGUACUCGUAGCAUGUUUAAACAUGAGAAGAGCUCCCACCUUACAGAAGACUGGUGAAUGCUGUUUCUUAGUCACAGUACCAAGCACCAGAACAGAAGAGGUCACCAUGUGAGCAGAGCAGGUAAGUCUUGGUCCAUUCUCCCUCCCCUGUUUUACAGGGAUAAGUGAGGGGUGCUGGUCCCCAUUCCUGGUGGCAGUGGUUAUCAGGGUGUCAGUUGGUGCAGGCACACACAGGCCAUAGGAACUGCUGAAGGACUCUGUUCAGCCCGGUGAGAAGCUGUUGUUUCUCCUCCUGCACCUUCUGGAGCUAUACGGGGACCAAGCUGCUUUCCGGGACAGAAAGCGGUGCCGCUGGCAAGGAGGAUGCUGCUGGCGUGGGACUGACCCUACAUGAGGAAACUUAGCCACAGAUUCCUGCCCUGCUGGUCCUGCCUCAGCCUCUGGAGAAGUGGAGGGGAUGAAGCAGAAGCCCUUGAACUGCCAGGGACACCGCUCCUGCCUUCCUUUGCCUUUUCUUUUUCUUCCUGUCUCCCUCCCAUGAAGUCACAAGGAGAAGAGGAUGUACUCCAUGGCAUAGCUGUUGGUUUCGGGUCGAUCAGGACAACGCUUGUUGGUUGCCAGUGCUUCUUCCAAGGAGACGUAUAUUUUUAAUAAACAGAGAGUUACAAAGAA